UACAUAUAAUUUCAGCCACCCCUGCUCUAAGGGAAUGAUCUGAAUUUAUUUUCAUGAAAAUUCCUAUGAGACUCUCAGCUGAUAGGGUGCAGAAGGUGAUAUGGGAGGCUUGAGAAAAGAUUUGGAACUUGAAUGAGAUGAAGAAUGAUGAAGAAUUCAGAAGAACAGACUUGUGGCAGUGAGAGCCUAGUGAGCACUGGGUAGCAUACGUUUGUACAGUCAGUUUAAUAUCGAAUAAAACGAUGCUGUUUGUCAGAAUAAUCAGGUGGAAUACCUGAUACGUCAUUGAGUUCCAGUUGUAACAAUAGGGCAGACUUAUGAGAAUUCUGGAGGUUGGCGCAGAGAGGAGCUGCAGUUCUGGAUCCAAGGGAAAAAGUCAACUGAGUGGAUAGCAAGGUUUCUAAUAUCCUGGAAGGUGAAAAAAGAUCCAACUCUUCCACUGAGAUUAUCAGCAGCCUGGGAGAGCCUAUAGUCAGAUGGCCAUAGAGCAUUCAUUCUGGAGUUUCACCUCAACCUGAGCAGGCAAAAUAAACAUCCAAGAUCAUCCUCAUCUGAAGAGCAAUUCAAGGAAGAUGGGCUCUGGUUUCUCAUCCCCCAACCCCCCAGCUGCUGCUGCUGCUCCUCCUUCCCAGGAGGUCAGAUCUGCCACUGAUGGUCAUAACAGCACUAGCCCUACUUCGGCCACCACCUCCUCCUGUUCCAAGAAAAGAAAGUUAAACACCAGUGGCAGCAACGAGAAAGAAGACUUUGAUCCCAUCCCCUCUUCCUGCUCCUCCUCUCCCCCGCCCCCUCCCAAGAACUCCUCUACAUCCUCUUCUGCCUCUUCUACCGCCUCCUGCCCAGGGAUUUCAAUUGCUACCCCCAACCAUCACCACCUCCAGAAGAAACUGCGUUUUGAAGACUCCUUGGAUUUUUUAGGACUUGAUGUGAAGAUGGCCGAGGAAUCGGCGUCUUCGUCUUCACCUGGUCUUGGUGUAUCUCAGCAGCAACUUAAAAACAAAAGCUUAUUAAUCUCCUCUGUGGCUGCAGGGCACCAUGCAAAUGGGCUAACCAAAGCCCCCAGUUCCAUUUCUAGCUUCACCAACAGCAAACCAGGAUCAGCAAAGAAAUUGGUGAUCAAGAACUUUAAAGAAAAACCUAAACUGCCAGAGAACUAUACGGAUGAAACAUGGCAGAAACUGAAAGAAGCGGUAGAAGCCAUUCAAAAUAGUACUUCAAUUAAAUACAAUCUAGAAGAACUCUAUCAGGCUGUCGAAAACCUCUGUUCUUAUAAGAUAUCUGCAAACUUAUACAAACAGCUGAGACAGAUUUGUGAAGAGCACAUCAGAUCCCAGAUUCACCAGUUCCGAGAGGAUUCUUUGGACAGUGUUCUGUUUCUAAAGAAGAUAGAUAAAUGCUGGCAAAAUCACUGCAGACAAAUGAUCAUGAUCAGGAGCAUUUUUUUGUUCCUGGAUAGAACCUAUGUUCUUCAGAAUUCAAUGCUGCCUUCAAUUUGGGACAUGGGUCUAGAAUUGUUUAGGACCCAUAUAAUUAGUGAUCAGAAAGUCCAGAACAAGACUAUUGAAGGCAUUCUCCUUUUGAUUGAGAGAGAAAGAAGUGGUGAAGCAAUUGAUAGAAGUUUGCUUCGAAGCCUCUUGAGUAUGCUUUCAGAUCUACAGAUCUAUCAAGAUUCUUUUGAACAGAAAUUUUUGGAAGAAACCAACCGUCUGUAUUCUGCAGAGGGUCAGCGUUUAAUGCAAGAAAGAGAGGUUCCUGAGUACCUUCAUCAUGUCAACAAGCGUCUGGAAGAAGAAGCAGACAGAUUGAUCACCUAUCUGGAUCUGAGCACCCAGAAGCCACUAAUUGCUACUGUAGAAAAGCAACUUCUAGGUGAACACUUAACAGCCAUUCUUCAGAAAGGUUUAAAUCAUCUUCUGGAUGAAAAUCGUAUUCAAGAUUUGUCUCUGCUCUACCAGCUAUUUAGUAGAGUACGCAGUGGAGUUCAGGUUCUUUUGCAGCAUUGGAUCGAAUACAUCAAGGCAUUUGGCAGCACUAUUGUCAUUAAUCCUGAAAAAGAUAAGACCAUGGUACAAGAAUUGUUGGAUUUUAAAGAUAAAGUUGAUCACAUCAUUGAUGUCUGCUUUAUGAAAAAUGAAAAGUUUGUCAAUGCUAUGAAAGAAGCAUUUGAAACCUUCAUUAACAAAAGACCAAACAAGCCUGCUGAACUCAUAGCAAAAUACGUGGAUUCAAAACUCCGUGCAGGAAAUAAAGAAGCCACAGAUGAAGAACUUGAGAAAAUGUUGGAUAAGAUUAUGAUUAUAUUUCGCUUCAUUUAUGGGAAAGAUGUCUUUGAAGCCUUUUAUAAGAAAGAUUUAGCCAAGAGACUGUUGGUGGGAAAGAGUGCAUCUGUAGAUGCUGAGAAGUCGAUGCUUUCCAAACUCAAGCAUGAAUGUGGAGCUGCUUUUACCAGCAAACUGGAAGGAAUGUUCAAAGACAUGGAGCUGUCCAAAGACAUCAUGGUUCAAUUCAAACAGUAUAUACAAAACCAGAAUUUUCCUGGGAACAUUGAACUAACUGUGAAUAUCUUAACAAUGGGUUAUUGGCCAACCUAUGUGCCUAUGGAAGUUCACUUACCAGCUGAGAUGGUAAGACUUCAGGAGAUUUUCAAGACUUUUUACUUGGGUAAACAUAGUGGGAGGAAACUUCAGUGGCAAUCAACACUUGGACAUUGUGUACUAAAAGCAGAAUUUAAAGAGGGGAGAAAAGAACUCCAGGUAUCUCUCUUCCAAACCCUGGUGCUACUGAUGUUUAACGAAGGUGAAGAAUUCAGUUUGGAAGACAUCAAGCAAGCUACAGGAAUAGAGGAUGGAGAAUUAAGAAGAACACUUCAGUCAUUGGCUUGUGGCAAAGCCAGAGUUCUGACUAAAAGUCCAAAGGGCAAAGAUGUGGAAGAUGGUGAUAAGUUUACCUGCAAUGAUGACUUCAGACACAAACUCUUUCGGAUAAAAAUCAAUCAGAUCCAGAUGAAAGAAACGGUAGAGGAACAAGCAAGCACUACAGAAAGGGUCUUUCAGGAUCGACAAUAUCAGAUUGAUGCUGCAAUUGUGAGAAUCAUGAAGAUGAGAAAGGCCCUUGGCCACAACCUGCUGGUUUCCGAAGUGUAUAACCAAUUGAAGUUUCCAGUAAAGCCUGCCGAUCUCAAGAAGAGAAUAGAAUCCUUAAUCGACAGGGACUACAUGGAAAGAGACAAAGAAAACCCAAACCAGUACAACUAUAUUGCCUAAAAGUCACCUUCAAGCACAUUGCUAAACCAUAUACAGUUGCCAGUGGUUAAACCUAGCCUAUUGUACCAGUUAAUUGACUUCUUUUCUACAACCGACAACUGAACAAAUGAAAGCCAUUUCAUGGAAAAGUGUAGUAAAAUGGACUUUUUCAGUGGUGAUAUGCCAUUUCAAGAGCACGGUUUACAUUUAAGAAGAAUGCUGUUGAACUCUUUGCAUGUUUAGUUGAUGGCAACAAAUUUUGACAAUUUGAUCUUUCAUGCUUCACUUGAUUUGGGGGUCUGUGAGGGGUCCCUGUGGUUGGUUGGGGGGGGUGGGGGGAGUGUGGAUUCUUUUAUGCACUAUGAUUAGGAGGCGAUAUUCGAGUUGUUAUACAGGAGGCUUUACCCAGGAUGCUUAAAGUGCAUGCAAAUGUGACAUACCAUAGAGAAUCCUGAACAGAUUUAUCAGAUAGAAAAACCACCCUGAGCUUUGGUUACUCACCUAUGUUUUGUGCUUUCCCUUGCAAAGAGAGCUAAGUGGUAAAUUGUAUUGAUACUUGCUUCAUAUUGUUCUAUUUCAUUGAAAGGAUAUACCCAGAAAAAAAGUCUUUUAAGCUUUUGGAGCAACUGCUCUUGACUGUUGAGCACGUGAAGCAAAAAAUCAUACUGUUUUGUGAAAACAAGCCCCUGUGAAGCUGCAAGUGACAUUUGUCCCUCACCUAGCUGUGCUGACCCUCCUAGCACAGUGAAGGUCUGUCUUCUAGGCUAAGGUUUCUGAAAGCAUCCCAGAUCUCUUGCCAUUUGAUGGUGAACUUACUUUCUCCCAUCCUUAUUCCAAUUUCUUGCAAAGUCGUAGUAGAAAAUCCUUCAGAAUCUGGGGGUUUUCAAGAAGAGGACAUGCUGGUCUCUCACUGCCUUUCAAAAUCACUUACAAUGUAAAGAGUUGACACACAGCCACAACCUAGAUACCACCUCUUGUGCAAGAGAAUGUCCCAAGCUGGAAUGACUGACCACAGAAAAGGGUAGCAAGAUGAUCGAGCUUUCCAAAUUGGGAGGAGUCUGGAGAAUCAAAAGGCUGCUUUUCUCCCACUGUGCACAUGCAUGUUGUUGAGAUUUCUGCUGUAGCCCAGAAUGCAUCGAGUUGGCCAUGCAGUGCAAACAGGAAAUAAGUGGCCUUUAAAAAACCCAAACUAGCAUAAUAUUUUGUAACAUUACACCCACAUCGCUACCAUUUCGAGACCACAAGGAAGGAAAGAUGUUCAUCCUAACCUUCAGCCAAGAAGCCUUUGCCUUUUCUAUUUGCCAAUUAAAUUUCCUUAAUUCCCUUCCUCAUUAGUGGCCUUCUGUAGCCAGCUCUAGGGAAAUGCUCCUUUCUUCUGGCACCUUUUCAUAUGAACGUGGUUAUCUAACAAGAGGUUGCAUUGCCAGGUCUUCCUAACCUACUCUCUUAAGCAUUCGUUUUUCCAUAUACUAGAUCUCAGCUCCUUUUUUUUCUUGCUCAGUGCUUAUAUGACAGGGAAAUUGUCGCCAGUUAUCACCCUUCCAGGUGGGCUUGGUCUUGCCAGAAGUCUUCCUGCUCCCACAGCCAUUUGGAACAUAUGUAGAUUCCAUUCUCAAAGAAAUUCCUGCCUUCCCUCCCGCUGCAAACUACCUUUUUAAAAUUGGAGGCUGCAUCAUUUGAAACAAGCAGAAGAUAAGAUUAAAAAGAAGACCUGAAAAUAAAAAGUAUCACGAGAAGCAAUGAAAAUUGAAAAAUCUUUGUGCAUUAAAAAGGAUUUUUUGGGGGGCGGGGAGCCAUUUUUCUGAGUCAGGUGAGUUCUGAGCCACUUUUCCUCCCUGUCUAUUUUUCUCAAUAAAAAUUUUUAUUUAAAAAAUUUGUUUCUGAAAAAGGGAUCUUGAAAAUAAUGAUCUGCUUUAAAAUCCCUGCUUUCAAGAAUUUUAUAACUUGCCACCAUUGCCUUGUUUAAAGGGCAAAACCUGUACAGAUCCAAAUAGGGGUUUUCUGAUCUUGCCACAUAUCCUUCUCGUGGCUCAUCAGGCCAGCAAGCAAAGCAUAUCCGAGCUAAACAAAGCUAGGUUUAUAGAGAGAAGGCGGCUUUCCAGCUUUAUUUCCCUGGAUCCUGUGUGUCUUGCCUGAUUCUUCUGAAAUUCUUGUACUUUGGACAUUUACUUCUCUCUACGGGGCAAAUCUUUUUGGAGAGAUCCUCAAGCCAGGCUAUAAUUAUGCCAAUCUCAGGGCACCCGGGCCAGCUCCACAACUGACACGUUUUGUGUCAGCGUCUAGCCAUAGAUUACAGAAAAUACCUCUUGCAUGCAAUUCACAGCAGCCGAGUUCAUAAGAAAUUACAUUUUAUUCUAUGUACCUGUAGGUUCAAGAUUUUAAUUCUAUAUGUAUGUAUGUGUGUGUGUGUGUGUAUGCGUGCUUAUUGUGUGGCUAGACACACAGACACACAUAUAUAUACACCGGUGAAUUUUGCCUUUCAUUUUUUAUUCAAUUCAAUUUUGGAUAGUUAAGGACAAAACUGACCACUCUUGAAUAAUUACAGAAAUAUGAUAAACAUGCUCUGUUCACUGGUUUACAUCGACGUGCCAAAGCCCAUCAUUCAUGUGAUAUCAAGACCAUAGCAAAUUAGCGAGCUGCACAGCUCAAUGAAGUUUUCUUUUAUAUUCUGCUGGUCUUUAAGAAAUUUUUUUUUCAGUCCUUUGACUAUCAACAUUGUUUGACAUUAAAGUGAGAUGUCACCUGUCCAUCUGGAAAUACUUAAUUGGACACUUUGUUCAAUGUUAUUUUGGAUCAGUUUUAGUUGCAAGAAUCCAGCAGCAUUCCAUCCCAAAUGGAAUAGGCUUUUGUAGAACAACUCUCUACGAGUUGUGUCUGAAGGAUGCGUGUGGGAAGGGGAUGGAACUAGCCUAGGAAGCCUUUUCAUAGCUUGGCUGAUAGAAUACGGGAACGUGCUCUUUCACUGCAGAGUCCUCAAAGGACUCGUGACUUGCUUUUACUCUUAAGCACAUGAAAUCUUUGCCAUGUUUCCUAACAGAUUCACAGUGGGUACUGAGGCUUUCCGAAGUUGGUAAAUAAUGUAAAUACGUGUCCUUUCAAAGAGUGAGUCUUUGGGUAUUUUGUGUUCUUUAUUAAAACGUUUCUUGUUGAUUAA